AUGAGAACUUUAUCGACUGCUGCGCAGCAUCGUUCUAUAUUUUCGUCGAGUCUAAAAAAUUAUCGUCAAAGCAAUCUUCGAGCUUCAUGUCUUUUACGCUCAUCAUCCAAUUCUCACAAUUAUGCGAAACUAACUUUCGGCAGCAGAAUUCAGUCCACUAAUUUACACAUAAAUUUUCCGUCAUUUCCAUUUCCCCCUAUAAAUUUAGACUUUCUCAAACUUCACUUUCGAUAUACUGCACCAAUAAGUGCUGUAAAACGCGCUAAACGAGAAGAAAUUUACGGAAAUCUAGUAGCGUUGACAAAUCAAAAUCCAAAAAGUACUAUCGCAAAAAUUGCCCGUGAAAAUGCAAUUAAAGCAACUCAAAAAAAAGUUUUAGAAAUUGCCUCCGAUUGCCGUACACAAAAAAUAAAAUAUACUGAUCAAGCAUUCGAUCUUGCUGCGAAUCCACCGCAUGCAUUAUACAAAGCCGGAGACAAAAAAGCUGAUGGUGAAAAAGUAGAAUACUCUUCAAUAAAACGUAUUCGAGAGAUUCUGCCAGAUCGUCAAUUUUUCAUCAACGGCGAAGAACAUGGUGAUGUUAAACAAGGCUUUAUUGGAGAUUGCUGGUUUUUAGCUGCUAUGGCCGCUGCAGCUGAUGUACCCGGUUUGAUAGAAUCGAUAUGUGUAGCUCGUGAUGAAGAAGUUGGGGUUUAUGGAUUUGUUUUCUAUAAAGACGGAGAAUGGAUUUCGACUAUUAUAGAUGACCAAGUUUUCCUAAAUAAACAUGGGGAACUAUUAUUUUCUAAAUGUAAAGAUAAAAAUGAAACAUGGGUUCCAUUAUUAGAAAAAGCUUACGCAAAAGCCAAUGGUGAUUAUGAAAGCAUUGAUGGUGGUUGGCCUGGAGAAGCGCUCGAGGACUUGAGUGGGGGUAUUUCUACUUCAUAUUGGAGUCAUCUCAUCGAAGACAAGGAUAAGUUCUGGAGUGAAUUGCGUAGACCAAACACCGAUGUGCUAUUCGGAUGCGCGCACUUCCCACAGAGAUCUGAUAAGGCACUUGGACUCGUCGGUGGACACGCCUAUAGUGUAAUUCGUGCUGUUAAUCUUGAAAAUUUUAGGUUGCUUGAAAUCAGGAAUCCGUGGGGUCAGUUCGAGUGGAAAGGUCGUUGGAAAGAUCAUGGCGCAGAAUGGAAACCCGAAUAUCUCAAAAUUUUAAAUUAUUCUUUUGAAGAUGACGGUUCGUUUUUUAUGGAGUAUGAUGAUUUCCUCAAGCACUUUCAAGCAGUCGAUGAAUGCGAAUUCUAUCGUGAUCAGUGGCGCGUCUAUUCUCACUGGAUAAAAUGGACAGAUAAAGCGGAAAAUAAUCCAAAGUUUACUGUUGAACUUAAAGACCCCGAGAAUGAAUUGAAGAUUGUGCUUCAACAGCCAGACCCGCGUUAUUCUGGAAAAAACUACAAUAAAAUUGGUUUUAAUCUGAAGUUCAAUUUAAUCGACACCAAAACCAAAAUGGCCAUCUCCAGCCCCCAAGAAUAUUAUUGGAAACGCGCGACUAAUCUCAGCAUUACGCUUCCUGCAGGUAUUUAUCAAAUUAUCCCUGAUCCCACAAAAGUCCGAAAUAUGGAAUGGAAUAAAGAACCAACCAAAGAUGAUUUUGACACUUUGUUUGGGUUAAGAAUUUAUACGGGAAAUAAUAUUAACUUAGGAGUAAACUAG